UAUUCUUCACGAACUCUGGGACAGAAGCAAAUGAGUUAGCUGUUACGAUGGCGCGUUUAUACACAGGCUGUCACGAUAUUAUAUCUCUGAGAAAUGCGUACCACGGAAAUGAAGCUGGGACCAUGGCAGCCACUGCACUAUGUAACUGGAAAUUCAUUCUUGUACAGAGUGGAGUUCAUCAUGCCAUGAACCCGGAUCCAUACAGAGGAAUCUUUGGUUCAGAUGGUGAAAUGUAUGCAAAAGAUGUUCAAGAUCUAAUUCAAUUCGGAACUUGUGGCCAUGUUGCGGCUUUUAUAUCUGAAGCUAUACAGGGAGUUGCCGGGAUUGUUGAGUUAGCUCCAGGUUACUUGCCUGCAGUAUAUAGCAUCAUCAGAAAUGCAGGAGGCCUUUGUAUUGCUGAUGAGGUUCAGACUGGAUUUGCUUGUUGGGGAUUGAUUAAAAAUCGAAUGAAAAAGAAGGAAUAUCGAAUGCUCGAAAUUAUAU